UUAUAAAAGACAUAGCUUAUGUAAUGGGCUUUAAUUGCUUCACAUCAAGUCAUUUUCUCUAGUGAUCUAAUUUUGGUUUAUUUAGAAAUCAUGGCAAAUACUUGUUGCCCCAUUGAUCUAGAGCCUAGGACCUUGAGUGGAGUGGAGCUAACCCAAGCAAGGGAACUAGCUGCAGAGGUAGUACAAAAGUUGGAACCAAGUGAAGCAUCAGCUCUGUUUGUUGAGGGAAUUAUGCAUCCAAUAAAGGAGGUGACAUAUAUGAAAGAAAAUGAAAGCCAAGUUGAGAAGUUAAUUGAUUUCACUAAGAAGGAAGAGACUAUCACUUAUGAGAAAGAUUGCCAAUGUCAAUGCUCAUGCUCUACUCAAACCCCUUUUCAUAUUAUUGGCGUAAAAGAGCCCGUUUCUGCACCAUUUUGAUUGUGGCAUGGUAGUUAUUUAUGUUUUUUUAUUAUAAAUAUUACAUGUCAAAAUUUCUUUCUCGUACAUCUUAUAUGAUAAUUAUAAAAAUAUUCAAUA